CCCUUUAAAGUUUUAGAAUUAGGGGCCCCACCCAUGAAAUGCACCUGACGCAAGACCAAGUCUUGUGACUGUUUGCCAAGAAUCUACUAUGUACCGGUACAUUCGACUUGUAGGUGGGGACACCGAAAGGGAAGUCUUCAUUUGACAACUCCUGACUCUGUGUAGUCCACCGCCCCAGCUAGUCACAUGCUUGUGCGUGGACGUGGUGCAAUGCAGUGUUAUCAUCAUAUGAGCUUGGCAAGCCAGUGCACUGCGGCUGUCACUAAUAAAAAACACAGGGUGUUGGGUCAUGCACCACUUCCUCAUUGCCAGUAGUUCCUGCAUAGCUGGGGAGUCACGGGGAUUGUCAUGGGAUGGCCUCGUGUUCAUUAAUUAACUGUUCAUCCAUCCAUCCAUUGGCCGUGACCCUACAUGCUGUCAAGUGUACGUGCACUGCAUACCCGUGCCAGACUAGUAUUGAGAGUUGCCGCAACGGUAUCGUGUUGUAAAUGUCUUAAAAACUACCGUGCUUGUGUAUCCUGCAACACUUGAAGAUUGUCUUCGACUAGGAAGAUUGUAUUCAUCGCCACUCGACUUGACAUGCAACAUGUAAUGGACGUCGCACAUGGAGUUGCAUCAGUGGUAGCCGGGAAAAGCCUCCAACUGGUAACGUUAUUGGCUGCCAAUCGCUGGAACUGGAGAUAAUGCUGUGCUGGCUUCCCCAGUGCGCUGGACCGCCACGAUGAAGCCCGCGUACCUAUUCCGCGACCAAGUGAACGCUCUGGCCGUUUGGUUCAAGGAGUGGAACGAUUGCGAACAGACAGUAGCCCUGUAUUCACUGCUACGACGGGUCAGCCCGACGCAAGCACGGUUCCUGACUUUAGUUCUAGAACAAACACUUGCCGAUGCAGACGAGUGUCAGCGGUUGGAGCAGGAGGCCAAUGAUAUUGGUUUUGUUUGCAGCCUGUGCAACGAGAGCAAAGACACAGCCGUAGCCCAACUCUUGUCCCAUCUGCCCCUCCUGCGGCCCGGCAACAACGAUGUCAAGCAGGAGUACCUCAACCUCAUCCCCAAGAUCCUGCUGCACUCGGUGGAGAACUCCCAGCACCUGGAAGAGAGUCGGCAGGUCUUGUCGUUCCUCCUCAUCCACCCGGCGCUGUCCAACGAGGACCGGAGUUCGCUGGCGUGGUGGCUGGGCCGACUGGAGGAACAUACCAACAGCCAGGCUGGAUUCCCCUCAAGGCUCCAAGUCUCGCCCGAUCUGUCCCCCUCCCAGUCCCCUUCCCCGUCCCCCUCUCCAUUCCCGGGGGUACUGAACUCAGACACUGGCCGCAAUGGCCUCCAGGGUGGCUUGAACGGUUGGCGGGCUCAGCCUUCUUUCAGGGACUCAGGGGCAGUAGAUUUUUCCCCCUCGUCACAUUUUCUGGGCAGCUGUGUGCCCCACCAGCCCCUAACGAAUACGCUCUCAGCACCCCCGGCUGUGAACGUUACCGGCCCCUCCAACGAUGUAGCAAGUAAGUACUUCUCAAGUUCCCACGCCGGCCCCUCGUUACCCAUGCACCCGCGCAAGAGCCGCAGCCACUCCCUGACCCCGCCCAAUUCCUGUAGCAACACCCCGUCCCCUCAGCCGCCCUCGGAUUGGCCCUCCGAGGAGGAGCUUGAGCCUCGGACCAGCCGCUCGCUGUCCUUACCCCUGGAGCACGCACCGCUGUCGCCCCAGAGCAGCACGGCGUCGUCGGGCAGCAGUACCGAGGCCCACGGGGAGGACGGAUUGUGGUGUUACGGAGGCGGUCAUCAGGCACUCCAGAAGAGGAACAGUUUCCUUGAGGAGAACAGCGGCAUGAGAGAUGUGCCGUCCUGGUUAAAGAGCCUAAGGUUACACAAGUAUUCAGGAUUGUUCCAACAGAUGACGUAUGAGGAGAUGAUGCUACUAAAUGAGGGCAAGCUAGAAUCCAUGAAUGUGACCAAAGGGGCGAGACACAAGAUUGUUCUGAGCAUCCAGAAGCUGAAGGAAAGACAACUGAUGUUACACAAUCUUGAAAAGGACAUCGUCAGUGACAACAGCCCUGGCAAUCUCCGCAACGCCCUGAACGAGGUCAAGAGCAUGCUGAAUACCCCGAUCAAGGUAUACGACCCUCAGGAAUCUUCCAGCGAGGACGCGACGUCUUCACAGCCGGCCGAGGACGGCGAGAGAGAGACCAAAGAGGGGGAUUUCCCCGGACAGCUCACUCGAUUCAUGGGCAAAAUGUGUACUCAGGUGUUAGUUGCUAAGAGACCGGAUGAAGACAAUGUCAGCCUGUAUCUCGCGCUCCUAGACAAGUGUCUCAACCACGAGGCCUUCACGGCCGCCCAGAAGAAACGCUUUGUCUCUUGGCGUCAGAGCUGUCAGAAAUUCUCCCGGAACCCGUACCCUCGCAAGCUGUCCUUACAGGAGACCAAACAACCCAGAACGUGGGGCCAUUACAGCACCAAUUUCCCUACCGACUUUAGCUUGUUUGCUGCCCAGGGAGCGGCCGGUAACCGGAGACUAACGCGCCAACCGUUUGUAACGCCUCAACCUCAGGGUCCAGCUCAGCCUCAUCCUCAACGGAUCAACUCAUUGUUGACUGGAGGGGGGAGUCCAGCGCUGUUCCGACCGACGCAAACGUCCAACAUGUACAUGAAACCUAGACAGCUUCCCGGUAACCCACACAUUGGCGUCCAGCGCACCAAGUCGGCGCCCAUCAGGAGAACAUCCCAGCCCGCCCAGCCGUACACCUACCAAGUCCAGCCCCUGCAGGACCCCAUCAACCAACCCAUGGGGGAUCCUGAGAUGACCAAUCGGCUGGAGAACUUGUGUCUGAGUAUGACGGAGCACGCCCUGUCCGAUGGUGGAGAACAUCCCAACAAAAGCAACAGAAAUUGAAGACGCCUUGCCCAAGUGACGAGAAGGAUUCCAAAGGAAGCUCAGGGUAUCGUUCUCGGGGGGAAAACAACGAGUAAAGGGAUGGGAGCCAAGCCACGCCCCCACCCCUCCAAUCACCAUGCAGCGUUUGAGUGCAGGCAGCGUCCAUGGAUUUCUGAGGCAAUCGGACCACAGUCUGAAACGGUAUUCCUAAAGCACUGCAGAUACGUCUUGAACCACAACACGUGUUGUAUGGAUCUGUCAAACAGGGCUUGUGCUUGUCCGCCAUUUUAAUCAACCAAAAUUUUGUAUAUCGGUAUUUAAUGGAUAUCAAAUUGUUCUUGUCAUCAUGCAUGAUAUUAUAUGUACUCCUCUCUUUUGAUCUUUGUAUUCCUAAGCUACAGGUGUCUACUUCAACUUACCACUUGCGGAACAAAAAAAAAGUGUGACACAGUUUUGUUCCAUAUUUUGGUUUGUCGUUCCGAUUCUUUUUUUUUCUUCUUUUUUUCUUCAGUUGAAUUAUGUAAAAGAAAUGGUAUGCCCGUGGGAUUUACAACUUAUUUGGACUUUGAUGGAGUUGGAUUUUGAUAAGUGAAAAAUGUUGUUGAAAAAAAAAUGUUACCAGCUAAAUGCCAUUCAGUGUACAUUGCUGUGACUGGCUCCCAGCAGGUAAUUUUUAUUUAGCUUGUAAUCUUGCUUGGUUUUGUCUGCAUUGCAAAUCCAUGCUUUUGGGCAUAAAAGAUCAAUAAGAAACCAUUACAAAGCUCAACCCUCUUAAGAUAUUCAUGGAUUUCAGUGGUUUUUUUUUAUUCUGCUGUUGGGCAUCUGCAAGGAGAAUACCCACAAGAAUUUUUAUGUUAUUAGUCUGUGCGAUGAUUAUAUAAUUACAGAAAAUAUGCUGUUACGCAUGUGGACAAAAAAGGGACCUUUUGUUGGACUUACGCACAUGCAUCUAAUCCUCCUAAAUAUAUCUCUCUUGCACACAGAUGUACAUUUCACCAGCACAUUAAUGGUUGAUGGCAUAAACUCCUGGUGAGUUGUGUUAUACCAAGCUGUCUCAGUCAGGUACCUUGAAGACAGUACAGUCAAAAAUUACAGAUUCAGUCACAGUUUCAGUGGUAUCAGCCUAUUUGAUUUUAUUUUUAUUUAUUUUAUUAAUUCUUUUUUGCAAGGAAACCAGUGUAACUAUUUUCUUUUCUUUGAAAAGAGCAAUAUUGCGACAUCAAAGCAAGUGUUUGUCUAAAUCGUUAAGUUUUGAAAAUGGAGGAAUCUCCAUAUUGUAUUUUAUUUUAUUUUUUUAAUUUAAUUUCUAGAUAUGAUUUCUCAAGACGAGAAAAUUCUUGACAAAUUAUUACAUGUAACUCAGUUUUAUGGGGUGGGGGACCUUUGUGCGAAAAAGUCGUUCUGUUCUGAAUUUUAACUAUUUUGACUUUUUUGGUGAAGCAUUCUCAAUUGGCGUUUCACACAGUUUACAGUUUUGUUUUGUUUUUUUUAAUUUUAGUUCCACAUCUGCUUAAAAUGUUGAUUUUUGCUCCCCCCCCCCCCAAGAAAAUCAUUCAUAAAAAUUUGUGGCAGUCAUCACUAGAAAUCUUUUUCUCUUUUUCUAUUGUUUUCUUUUACUGGAACCAAAUUUCAGUUUCAACCCCUCAAAAAUUUCUGGGUAUAUGUACAUGUUUAUGUAUAUGUCUUGUUCCUUUAAUUUUCCUAACUGCGAUCCAUACAUGUAAACUUACAAUAUGCUGUAUAUUUGCUUCAAAAAAGACAUUAUUGGUCGGUCUCGAUUCAUAUUUUUGGACUCUGAAUAUGAUCAAUGUAUAAAAACAAACAAGUGCGUAUAUAUGUGUAUAUAAACUAUGAUAUAACUAUGUACAAUUGACGUUUAAGCAUUUCAAAAGAAGUUUGUGAAACUUCGUUCCCCUAAGUUAAGAGAGAUCUUUCAGUCGACUGAUAAAAGAGAAUCUUUUAUUUGAUUUCUGGUGGUUUUUUUUUUUUGUAGUGAGGUGGAUUUUGACGUUUAAAUCCUAGGCCAUACUAGGUUCGUAGCUAGACACUGGCAAAGCGGAAUGAGUAACUUUGUUUUAAAAUUUUAUUUCAACAAAUCUUCUAAACAUCUACCAGAUGAGCCCUUUUCCCCAUGUUUUUUUGGGGCUAUGCACCUUGAUUUGUCCAAAUAUCGUCACUUAAUAUCAAUGAAUCUAUUGGGAAAAGCCUGGGCCCAGUUUCAUGGCUCUGCUAACCACAGGAUUCUGCGCUUGCCAAAUUUACGAUCACUAUUCUGUGCUAACAGUUAGCAGAACAAUUCUGUGCUAACUCUGUAAGCACAAAAUGCUUAGUUAAUGGAUGUAUACGCAUACGCCAACAUUCCUGAUUAACCAUUGAAAUAUGCUAACCGUAAGCACAUAUUUUUUGUCACUAGCGCCUAGCAGUAAGCAGUGCCAUGACAUUGGGCCCUGGUUCUACAGUGGCGCUUUGGUUUCAUCAACACCAAGUCCCUUUGAUGGCAAAAUAGUCCAACCCUAAAAAAUUGCAUUUUUAGAAAGUCCCAACUGAAACUUUCAGUUGAGGAUUCCUGCUUUAAACAAUACAUGUACUUGGUGGAUUUUAAUACAACCUGUUACCAAUUCUGCCAAAAGACAGGUUUUUUAGCAGGAAAAUGCCAAUUUCGUCAAAGAACAGGGCCAAAAACAAUACAAAAAUAUUUAAAAACCUGAAAAAAAUGAAAAUCAUGACCCCAAGAUAAAGAGUCAAGAUGAGUACAGUGUAAAUCGUUACCUCUGCUGAAAUAAUUCUUAGCUUGAAAACUUGUACAUCUGGUGAUGGUAAUGCACAAUUUGUUCUUUGACGUACAAUUGUUAUGGGUAGUGCACUAGUUAUAGCAGUCCAAGUAUUAGCUCAACACUAAAUAGAUUAAGGUAUCUAGGGGAGAAACCAUUGUACAAAACAGUGCCUCUGAGAGGAGUAAACAUUUAACAAACACACACCCUGGUGGUUGUGGAACACCUAGGUUUUAAUUUUAACUCUAUUUUUUUAAAAAGAAAGAAAAAAACGUUAUUCCGACAUGGUGAGGACAGAAUUUUUGGGGGCUAAUCGGUGUUUGUGUAAACUUGUGAGCCAUGGUUAAAAACAAAAUUCGUAAUUAAGACAAAGGCUAGCGAAUCUAAAGUAUAAAUAGUUGUUGUUUUUAGUGCUUAUUUUCAAUAACAAAAAGUUGACCACAACUAACUUGCUUUAGCAUUGUAUGUUUUGUUCUUGAUUGCCCUGGUGGUACAUGUACGACAUGGUGCAUUUAGUCUGUUGUAGUUUGAAACUUGUGUUUAAAAGUCUUGUGGUCGAUUUUUUGGGAACUUGAAUUUGCAUAAUCCCCAGCAUUGUUAUUUGUUCUGUCUGUCACAUGUGGGCUUACACCACUUGUUAAAAUAAUCCCAUGCUGUGCAAUGCUACCAAAUUUUAUAAUGUGAUCACUUUUUUUUUUCAAGUCUAAAGUUGACUGAGUGGAGUUCUGAAUUCUAUGAUUUUGAAGUUUUCAGGACAAACUGACUCUGUUGGUGAUUUCUAAACAAAGAAUUUGGAUCAGCUAAAGAGCUGGAAUCUCAUGUGCCAACAUUUUCAAUAUCAAAUUUUUUAAAAGGCCAAAAUAUGUCUGGAUUGAUUGGUUGGUAGAGCACCGGUGCAGUUCAAACCCAGUCCGAGUAUCAUCCGUUGUUCAACGGAGCCGGCACGCGCCGCACUAAUGUCUGCUGUGUGUGCAUGAAAAUUGUAUACAACCCCGCGUCUGCCAAUCUGAGUCGACUUUAGACAUUGUGACGUCAUUUCAAGCAGAGGUUCUGCCUAAGCUAUUGAUUGGUCAAUUUGCUACCGUGUUUAUGCAAGACAACGGGUUACUGAAGACCCGAUAGAAGACGCCCGCUGAAUGGUCAGAGUCUUGAGUUCUAAGACGCACUCUUGUGUUGAAUGAUCUGCACACAUAUCAUAGGUGCUUGCUGACAGGCUUUGUCCAAGCCCCACUCCAGUCAAUUUCUUUGUUCAACAGUAUAAAUCAGUC